CACGAAAGGUCAUUCCAUCAACCUGCGCUAUAUCCUCGAGAGCCAAAAGCUCUUAGGGGAAAACUUUAUUUACUGGGAGUUAAAUCUCCGAAUUGUUCUUGAACUAGAGAGGAAGCUCUAUAUCCUUGACAAAAAGCCUCAAAAUGCACUCGCGGCAAACACACGUGCUGCCGAACUCACUUCUUACCAAAAGUAUGAGGAUGACAAGUGCGAUGUGAAGUGCAUCAUCCUGGCCAGCAUGAUCCCACAGCUCUAAAUGCUCCACACAGGACAUGGAAGCGCACCCCAUGAUGCAGCGCUUGAAAGACUUUGCCAAGGCCCCUUGCACCCACUGCUAGGAACAGAUCUCAUUUUGGGAGCAUUUCCAGAAGAUUAUGGUCAAAAUGCCGUGAAUUUCUAUAUGAACAAACUCAACAUAACCUUAGCCGAGCUGUUGAAAUUCCUUACCACCGCUGAGGAGAAUCUUGGGAGAGGAAAGGCAAAGCCUGUCCUAAUGGUGGAGGAAGGUGCAAUGGCAAAGAGAGGUGGAUCACGUCCGCCGGCCGGGAAAAGUGGCAAGGGGUCCAAGAACCCAAAGCCUAAUCCCAACCACUCUGCGCAGAAGCUGAAAGCGGGAGCCCAGAAGAACAAGAAAGUCGCUGCUGUGUAUUACCAGUGUAGCAAAUGCCACUGGAGGCGCAAAUGCGCAAAGCUUAUGGCAGAUUCGAAAGCGAGCAAACAGCCCGUCACCUCAGAUAUUUACGUUAUUGAAUUAAACAUGUCUGAUUUCACCGCUUGGGUGAUUGACACUGGAUGUGGUUCUCACAUCUGUACUUCUAUGCAGGAUCUGCAUGAGGCUCCAUUCACCAGUCAUGGUGAAAGGGCGAGUGAUGUAUUAGGCAGAAUCAUGCCACCCAGCGAUGGGAAGAUCUUCCCAUCGAUGGGUAAGCAGUCCCUCAGCGAAACUGAUUUCCAGAACCAUGCCAAACAGCGAUGGGAAGUUCUACCCAUCGCUGAUAAAGCCCUGGUGCAACAUUACCACAAGGCAGAAUGCCCUUACCCAGCGAUGGGAAGCUUUACCCAUCGAUGGGAACCCAGCGAUGGGAAGGCUUAACCAUCGAUGAUGAAGAAUAAAGGUAAGUGAUCUAA